UUUUAGUGAUUUUUUUCCGAUUUUCUUUUCUUCCAAUGAAAGUUUGACAUGUCAUUUCCUCAUACAGAGAGGCUGUACUAAAAUUAGGAAGUGUUUUGUUUGCUCCGUCUCUUUUCAUUGUCUCACAAAGGCCUAGUGUCAGAAUUAUUUUCAGAGAAAUCUCUACUAAGUUUCAUGUUUUCUGUGUCUAAAUGGCACUCGAAGCUGAGCUGUCGUGUCCUGUGUGCACCGAUGUCUUCAGAGAUCCGGUGUUACUGAGCUGUGGACACAGUUUCUGCAGGCAGUGUAUUAAUGAUCACUGGACCUCCAGCAGCUCCAGAAACUGUCCCGUCUGUAGACAGGUGUCACCGCAGGAACCAGUGCACAACCUGUGCUUGAGGAACACCUGUGAGACUUACCUGAGAGAGCAAAGCACGAGGAAAGAGAGGGAUGAAGAACACGAGUGUCAGAUUCACGGAGAAAGAAUCGAGCUGUUCUGUCAAACAGAUGAAGAGGCUAUAUGUGCAGCGUGUAAGAAACAUGAGCACAAAUGGCACAAAACGCAAAAGCUACAGCAGGCUGUGCGACAACGCAAGGGGAAGCUGAAAGCAGCUCUUCGUUCAGCUGAGAAGUCUUUGGUCUCAUUACAGAAAGGUACAGCACGGGACCCCAAAAUCUCCAGGUACAUUCAGAUUCAAGCUCAGCAUACAGAGAGGAAAAUCAGGAUGGAGUUUGAGACGCUGCAUCAGUUCCUCAGAAAGGAGGAGGAGAGCAGGAUAACGGCUCUAAAUGAAGAAGAGAACGAAAAGAGAGGGAAGAUGGAAAGAAGAAUACAAGGAGGAAUACUGUCUCUCUCUGAUAGAGUCAAAGAACUGGAAGAAGGAAUCGAGGAUGAUGACAUCCCCUUCCUGCAGAAUUAUCACGGAAUUAUGGACAGGUCUGACCACACACUCCCAGAUCAGGAGCUGAGUUCAGAAACUCUUAUCGAUGUUCCCAAACAUCUGGGGAACUUGAAGUACCAAGUGUGGGAGAAGAUGAAGGACAUCUGCCCUUACUACCCUGUGAUCCUGAACCCAAACGCUGCCCCCCCAGACAUCCCUGUGUCAGAUGACCUGACCUCUGUGACCUCAUGUUUUCAUCAGCAGGACGAGCCCAACCCUCUUCCUCUGCACAGUAACCGUAUGGUGCUGGGCAGUGUGGGAUACGCUGAUGGAGUUCACACGUGGGACAUUGAGGUGGGAGACAGUAAUCAUUGGAGUCUUGGAGUGUGUUUUGGAUUGGAGGGUAAACCUACUACACAACCUUUGACCCCUGAAAAUGGCUUCUGGGGUCUCAGACGCGAUGGAGACUCGUACGAAUUGAUGACCGCUGGGAUGUCGAGAUUACACAUGGAGGUAAAUGCAAAGGUAGUGAGAGUAAAGCUGGUGUAUUGUUAUGAGUUUCUUCAAGACAUGAUGCAGCUGAAACGCUGGAGGAAGGUGAGCUUUUCUGAUGCUAGCAGCAAUUCAUUAAUUGCAGAAUUUGCUAGAGUGCCAUCGAAGAAGAAACUCUUUCCCUUUGUGAUCCCAGAAGAUCAGGCCGUCCCGCUGCGUGUCGUCCCAGCUAACGUUACUCUAACUGUUGAACAGAAACUGUCAUUACUGGAGAUAAAUCGAUUCUCUCUUCUCCUUUUCUGUUUUGGUAUUGUCGUGGUUAUAUUGAUGAGUCUGUUAGGAAAGAGUGACCGUCAAGGCAGGUGAAAAGUAAAUGACUGUUUAAUUACCAUAAUGAUCUGUUAUAAUGGUUCAGUCAGCUAAAGCAGACUUCUGAGCAAAACCAUAUGAUCUAGCAUCACUGCACUAUUAUGUGAAUAUAAUGGAGCCCAUGUCCAUGAGGAUGAUAAUGCCGGGCACAGAGAUUUUUACUGCUCUGGUUUAUAUAAUGAUUUCAGAAAUUGAGCAAUCCUUUAUCAUCCUCACAAUAUCCUGUAGCAGCACAGUAUUGCUGUGAUGUAUCAUGUGACUCUGAGUCGACUCGUGACUCAUCUUUGCUUCUAGUAGUGCUCCGUAUCCUGGUUUAUGUGUGUAAAUAUCCAGUUUGAACAGGUUUGCAAAGUCUUGUUAAAUUACAGUUCAGGGUAUUUCAUAUUCUUCUUCUGUUUUGUUGACUAUCCUAAACUUUUAUGACUUUUCCCCUUUUUUGACUGCCAGUUUUUUUGUUUAUAU